AUGCUGAGCCUGCUGCUCUUCCUCGUGCUCAACCACUCCGUCAUGGCCGAAGUAACCGACAGCGAUGACGCCAGCGUUGGCUUCGGUGCCCCCAUCAACUAUGCCCUUCUUCUUGGAGGACUCCUCGCGCUUCUCGCCUACGGCCUGAUCUGGAGGUCUCGCCGCAAGUCCCGCUACGAGCGACCAGUGCUCGUCGAGGAGGAGGAGGAGGAGGAUAUCGACGACAGCCAGCCGAUCCGCUUCAACAGUGAAGUGCUGCAGAAGAUCCAUCCCACCCACUUGAAUUCGCUGGUGGUCAUGUACUCGAUGACGGCCAUGCAAAAAAUGGCGCCGCACGAAAAACGAUGCAUGGCCACCUGGGAGAAGAUGAUCCGCUCACACGCUGAGUCGAUGAAAGCCGCCGUCGCCAACAAGUCGGUCACGAUGGAUGUGAUCGUCGAGGUGUUGCGCCAUCUUGCCACCGGAUUUGCCGCCCAGGUCAUGGAAUUGGUUCGCGAGCCGCUGGAGGCGCUCGACCCCUGGGUCAGGUUCAGCAUUGUGAGCACCAGGGAUGAGCUGAUGCGCCGCGUCGUCUCCAUGCAGGUAAGCCGCAGCUGCUGGCCGAAAGAGAUGCUGCCGAACGACACGGACGAGCAGAUCGUGGCGAAGACGCGGCUUUGGGCUGAGGUGCUGGCCAUAGAGGGCCACAGCUUUGAUGGCAUCUACAUGAUGAUCGAGAACUACACGUUGUCGUUGGUCGACGACGUCAGCAAGGCCGUGUCUCAGGCUCCAGCUCCCUGCAAGCAAGACCAGACGGCCCGGCGCAAACACCGCAAGAAGCAGCAAAAGCGCCAGUGG